UUUGACAGAAUGCAGUCGUCAACAAGCAUGUCUGGGAUUGCGGCAAAACUUCAACAUGACCGGGAGAAGGCUCAAGGUAUCGGCUCGAACGAGCAGGCGGUGAAAUACCUUAGCCAGGACUUCGAGACUCUGAGACGGGAAUGCCUUGAGAGAGGCCGUCUGUUUGAAGAUGAUACCUUUGAGGCUGAGGUGUCAUCUCUUGGAUUUAACGAGCUUGGACCUAAUUCUUAUAAAGUCCGCGGAAUCACCUGGAUGCGACCGACAGAGCUGACUUCAAACCCUCAGUUUAUUGCUGGUGGAGCUACAAGAACAGAUAUUUGCCAGGGAGCUUUGGGUGACUGUUGGCUCUUGGCUGCCAUUGCCUCUCUAACCCUUAACGAUCACGUGCUUCACCGGGUUGUGCCCCAUGGACAAAGCUUUGAUGAGGAUUAUGCUGGUAUCUUCCAUUUCCAGUUCUGGCGGUUUGGGGAAUGGGUGGAUGUAGUGGUGGAUGAUCGCCUGCCCACCAGAGAUGGAGAGUUACUGUUUGUUCACUCAGCAACAGGUUCAGAAUUCUGGAGUGCCUUGCUGGAGAAGGCCUAUGCUAAACUGAAUGGCUGCUAUGAGGCACUGUCUGGAGGUACCACUACUGAGGGUUUUGAGGACUUCACAGGUGGCAUUGCAGAAGUCCAUGAACUGAGGAAAGCUGGACCUCAGCUCUUUAAGAUCAUAAAGAAAGCCCUAGGCCGUGGGUCCCUCCUGGGCUGCUCCAUCGAUAUCACUAGCUCUGCGGAUUCUGAGGCCAUCACAUCUCAGAAGCUAGUGAAGGGCCAUGCCUACUCAGUGACAGGAGCUGAAGAGGUGGAAUACAAUGGAGAUAUGAUUAAACUGGUUCGUAUACGGAACCCAUGGGGUCAAGUGGAAUGGACUGGUGCCUGGAGUGAUAACUCCUCAGAGUGGUACCAUGUGAGCGAUGAGGACAGAGACAGGCUCAAGCAGCGUGCAGAGGAUGGAGAAUUCUGGAUGUCUUUCUCAGACUUCUUGCGUCAUUACUCUCGUGUGGAGAUCUGUAACCUGACGCCGGAUGCUCUGUCAGAUGAUGAGUAUCAGAAGUGGGCCCUGUCUAAGUUUGAGGGCACCUGGAGAAGAGGCUCCACUGCUGGAGGCUGCAGGAACUACCCCAACACUUUCUGGACGAACCCUCAGUUUGUGAUCAAACUGGACGAAGAGGAUGAUGAUCCUGAUGAUAAUGAAGUCGGAUGCACUUUCGUCUUGGGCCUAAUCCAAAAGAACCGUCGCCGAAUGAGGAAGAUGGGACAAGACAUGCACACGAUUGGAUUUGCCAUCUAUGAGGUGCCUGAAGAGUAUUCAGGUAAAAGGCAAGUCCACCUACAGAGGAAUUUCUUUUUGCGCAACGCCUCGUCGGCACGUUCCGAGACCUUCAUCAACCUUCGAGAGGUGUGCAAUCGCUUCUGCCUUCCUCCAGGGGAGUACCUCAUCGUCCCUUCCACCUUUGAACCCCACAAGAACGGAGACUUCUGUGUGCGAGUGUUCUCUGAGAAACAAGCAGGCUUUGAAGAGCUUGAUGACUCUGUUGAAGCCCAUGUGGAACCGAUUCAUGUUGAUGAGGAUGACAUUGGGGACAGGUUUCGAGGGCUAUUUGGACAUCUGGCAGGACAUGAUGCUGAAAUUUCCGCCUUUGAGCUGCAGAGGAUUUUGAACAGAGUUGUUGCAAGACGUGAUGACAUCAAGACUGAUGGUUUUACCUUGGCAACCUGUCGCAACAUGGUCAAUCUCCUGGACAAAGAUGGCUCUGGCAAGCUUGGACUAGUAGAGUUCAAGGUCCUUUGGGUGAAAAUCGAGAAAUUUCUGGAGCUUUUCCUUGCCAGAGACACAGAUGACUCAGGCUGUAUGAAUUCUGCUGAGAUGCGUGUAGCUGUUGAGGAAGCUGGAUUCUCACUAAAUAACCCAUUGCACCAGAUCAUCGUGGCUCGCUUUAGUGAACCCAACAUGUCCAUUGAUUUUGACAACUUUGUCUGUUGCUUGGUGCGCCUAGAGUUACUAUUCAACACCUUCAAGACUCUGAACAAGGACGAAAGCGGAGAGGUGGAACUGAGUCUUUUAGAAUGGCUGAAUGUUUCUCUGCUAUAA